AGGGACGGAGUGGGGGGAGCAGUACCUUACAUGGUGCCCCCGCGGCUGCCAUCUGAGCCCCACGCCCGAAAUAGCCCCGGCUCCAGCCGGCGGGCUCAUGGCCGGGACAUGGCCGCUGUCUUCGAGCCCGGGGAACUGGGGGCGCCCUGGGGGCCUGCGAGCUCCGCGCCCCCUCCCACCCGCUUCCACAGGGUGCACGGCGCCAACAUCCGCGUGGACCCCUCCGGGACGCGGGCCACGCGCGUCGAGAGCUUCGCCCACGGCGUGUGCUUCAGUCGCGAACCGCUGGCCCCGGGCCAGGUGUUCCUGGUCGAGAUCGAAGAGAAAGAGCUGGGCUGGUGCGGACACCUGCGCCUCGGCCUGACCGCCCUGGACCCCGCGGGGCUGGCUGCGGUGCCCGAGUUUUCCAUGCCCGACCUGGUCAGCCUCGGCCACACCUGGGUCUUCGCUAUCACCCGCCAUCAUAACCGCGUGCCCCGGGAGGGCAGGCCAGAGGCCGAGGGAGCGGCAGCGGCCCCCAGCCGCCCGCCAACCCUCCUGGUGGAGCCGUAUCUGUGCAUCGAGCAGUUUCGAAUUCCCCGCGAUCGCCUGGUGGGCCGCAGCCGGCCAGGCCUCUACAGCCACCUGUUGGACCAGCUCUAUGAGCUGAACGUGCUGCCUCCCACUGCGCGCCGCAGCCGCCUGGGCGUUCUCUUCUGCCCGCGCCCAGAUGGCACUGCAGACAUGCACAUCGUCAUCAACGGGGAGGACAUGGGCCCCAGCGCCCGGGGGCUGCCGGUCACGCAGCCCCUCUACGCAGUGGUGGACGUGUUUGCCUCCACCAAGAGCGUGCGCCUGGUGCAGCUGGAGUAUGGCUUGCCAUCCCUGCAGACGCUGUGCCGCCUGGUCAUCCAGCGGAGUGUGGUGCACCGCUUGGCCAUUGAUGGCCUCCACCUGCCCAAAGGACUUAAGGAUUUCUGCAAGUAUGAGUGAAGACCUGUGGUCCCCUGAGCAGGACCACAGUGGCCUCCUGAGCGUCGCGGCCCCCAAACUGUGGUUAGUCAGAAGUUGGCCACACUGCUGCCAGUCAGGACUAGAAAUAAACUCAGCCAGUGCUGACACUGAUAGUGGAGGGUCUCCUGGCCCCUGAAGCCCAAGAGGGGCACUUCUUUUAGAAUCAUCGUGGGUUGGCAGGUAGCAGCAAAAAAGAAAGCAUUUUAGACAUCAGCCAAAUCAGUGUUUCCAAGCCUGACUGAGCAUUUGUUAUCUAGGACACAAAGAAUGCUGAGCCCCUAGAGAGAAUCUCCAGAGAUUCUCACUUGAUUUGCCAGAGGGUAACACACAUUUUUCCCCCUGAAAACGCCCGUGGAGAUUCUAAUGUACAGCCAGAUUUGAGAAACAUUUCCCUGAGCUUCGACACAUAUUAAAACCACUUUAGGGGGCCUCCCUGGUGGCGCAAGGGGUUAAGACACAACCUAAGAGCUCCCCACAUGGCGCAGCAGACCUCUCCUGAUUCGCCCGCUGCUCCCCUCAGCAGUGUACUUUGGUCAAUCUGCCUGUUCUGCUCUCUACUCUGUCUCCGGUGAAUCUUCUCACCCCCACAUCUCUGGCCUGUACCCCAGUUCUUGAUGCAUAAAUAAAUCAAUCUUAAAAAAUAAAAAGCACUUGAGGAAUGUUGAUAAAGACUGAUAGAUGGGAGUGUUACAGUUCUUUUAGAAUUUGUCUAGCAGGUUUUCUGGUCCUCACAGGAAGACCCAAUUAAAAAAAAGAAAAGAAAAAAAGACUGAUAGAUGGGUCUGACCCUGGGAUUCUGAUUUAAUUGGCAUGGGAGGUGGGGCAUUCAUUGGGAUUUCUAAAAGCUUCCAAGAGAUUCUAAUAUGCAGUCUGGACUGAGAACCAGUGCCCGAGACCAAUGGUUUUACUUCUUUGAUGAGAAACUGAAGUCCAGAGC